UGAGAAAGAUCAAUUAAUUUCAGACAUGUCAACGUCAGUUAAACAUCGUGAGUUCAUUGGUGAGCCGAUGGGAGAUAAAGAAGUCACUGCAAUCGCUGGUAUCGGUCCUACAUACGGAGCAAAGUUGACUGAAAUUGGAUUUGACAAGGCCUAUAUUCUAUUCGGACAAUUUUUGCUGCUCAAGAAAGACGAGGAUCUAUUCGUGGAGUGGUUGAAGGAUACUGCUGGAGUGUCAGCUCACCAUGCAAAGAAAAACAUGCCUGUUAGGGUUUGUGAAGACGAUUCAGAUUUUCAACAUGCUAUGGCUGAAGUAGGAGCUAAGCCUGUAGUUGUGGACUUUUCUGCAGAAUGGUGCGGCCCUUGCAAGAUGAUUGCGCCUUUCUUUGAAAGCCUUUCAAACAAGUACAUGUCGAUGGUCUUUCUGAAAGUUGAUGUAGACAAGUGCGAAGAAACAGCAGCUCAAAAUGGUGUUUCUGCUAUGCCAACCUUUAUCGUCUUCGUAAAUGGUACGAAGGUGGAUUCUCUUCGUGGAGCCAAUAAUAGUGGCCUUGAGGCCAUGGUACAAAAAUGGGCUGAUACGCAACCCGCAGGAGAUGUUCCUGGGCAAUCUGAUAUCACGUGCUUGAUAGACAAAAGGCAAAUGGAAUGCCUGAAUGGAGACGAUUCGACCCCGUUACGUGGGUUACUUGAGGGAGAGAAUGUGCUUAGAUCGGAUUGUGAUGAGCAACUGAUCAUUUCUCUUCCAUUCACACAGCCUGUCAAAGUACAUUCUAUAAUGAUGAAGGGUACCGAUGAAAAAACGCCUAAGAUGGUGCGAGUGUUCUCCAAUCUUCCGAAUACAUUAGACUUUGAUGGAGCAACUUCCGUCGAAGCAGUCCAAGUGCUGGAGUUCAGUGAGAAAGCCGGCACUGAACCAGAGUUGCAGCAGCUGAAGUAUGUGAAGUUCCAAAACGUCAACAAUCUUCAACUCUUCGUGGAGAACAACCAGGGUGGAGGCGAUGUGACUGAAAUUGAGAAGCUGAGAAUUUAUGGAACACCGCUGAGCGGAGUGAACAUGAAUGAAUUUAAGCGGGUGGCUGGUAAGAAAGGCGAAUGCGCUUGA